AUGAUGGCUUUCCAGACUGCAAAGCGCGAUUUGCGCAAGCAUAUGCGGGAUGCAUUGAAGAAUAUGUCUAUUGCAGUGAUCAGUCAACAAUCCGGAGUCGCAACCAACAGAUUCCUAUCGCUGCCCGAAUAUCAGAAUGCGAACAGUAUCGCCGUCUAUUUAUCGAUGCCAACCGGGGAGCUUUCAACUCGAAGCAUUGUGGAAGAUGCAUUUAAGCGCGGAAAAGAUGUCUAUAUUCCGUACAUCCAUACAGUGGAAAAAAUGUCGGUCAUGGACAUGCUAGCGCUCGAAUCCAUGAAUGAAUUUGAGUCAUUGCAGCCCGAUAAAUGGGGAAUCCCCUCACUACAGCCUACACAGGUGUCUGGUCGUCGCAAUGGAUUGAAAGAAAAUGGCUUAGAUCUGAUUGUCAUGCCGGGCAUGGCGUUCGACCAGGAGUUUCGACGGCUCGGGCAUGUGGCCUUGUCGCUUCAUGAGCAGAUGGUCGAGGAGGUUCCGGUGAUGGCGCAUGACUGGCGCAUUGAUGCGCUCGUGAUUGGUGAUGGGCAAUAUCUCGAUCGCCGAGUGUAG